GAGGGAAGAGCCACUGUUGGAUUUACCUCCUGGGGCUCGGCGUUGGCGGGCUCUGCUAGCAGGGCUGGUCUGAGCUCAGCUCCCGGGGGCGGGACCGAGUCUCUCCCUCCGCCCCACAAAUUGCUGCCACUGCCUCAGCCCGGCUCUCAGACGCCGCCGCAUCCCACGGUAGAGGCGGCAGCGAGCUCCAGCCGCGUCGCAGCCCGGUGCUGCAGAGAGGCCGGCAGGCGACACCGCAAGGGACCUGGCCGGGCUCCGCUCACACCUCUCGCGCGCAGCAGAAUUUGUGUUCAAGUUAGAUAAUCACACUGCUCCUGGUAUAAGAGGGCUUGACAGUGGCACAGGCGCAGGGGUCAUGAUAUACUGAAAACCACACAAGAUAAAUCUGGGGAGGCAGGAAACCAUAAAGACCACGUUCAGACCGUAAGGAUAAAGGAAAGAAAGAAUUUUGGCAUCACCCUUCACCUCUCUUAGAAAUAACAGCACAUUUUAAUCAGAGAUUUCACCUGGGCCACAGGCCACGGGCCACCAUGGAUGUGAACCUUGAUGCCCUUGGGGGUCAAAAGGAAACAAGUGACAGCAGCAAGGGAAGCGACAGCCCAGGAGUCCAGCAAGAAGCUGUGAUGAGGACAGAUUCAUCGGAGAUGACUGAUGUGGAGUCUGUGAUCAGCAGCUUUGCAUCUUCAGCAAGGGCAGGCCGACGCAAUGCCUUACCUGACAUCCAGAGUUCGGCUGCUACAGGUGGAUCCUCUGAUCUUCCACUGAAGCUGGAGGCAUUGUCCAUGAAGGAAGAUGUUAAAAAAAAGAGUGAAGAGAAAGCACAAGACCAACUGAAAAAGUCCCUAAAUGACGAAAAAUGAAGACUUACAAUUUAUCCAGGGUGUUGAUUUUAUGCACAUUGGCAGACACAGUGGCUAUGCCUUCCUGAAGUGUUUGAUCUGGUAGUAACUGUGGUAAUGUGUGCGUUUUAGGUAAUUUUGUUGUGCUGCUCUGUCCUUAAACCGCAACCAUGAUACCCAAAUAGGUUAUUAAAAGGUAUUACAUUCAAAUUGCACCCAAGGAAGAACACACUGUUUAUACAUCCAAUGAAGUCCACUGUCUGUCUUGGGAUUUACUUAGUCAGAUGUGUGUUUAACUAUGUUCUUACUGAUAUGCAUAAACCAAAACCUAUUAAUUUAAUACUUUGCAGAAUUUGUAGGAAAUUAUAUUUUUAGUG